AUGUUCUGGCGAUUUGGCGGUUACGCCAACAUAUCCACCAUCGACACCAUCCUCGAGAAACCCGAUUUCACCGUCGAAGACCUCCUCGACGAGAGCGACCUUAUCCAAGAGCUCAAGCAGCACAACACGAAGCUCAUCGAGUACCUCCGAGAGGACAACGUCCUCAAGACACUGCUCGAAUAUGUCGUUGCACCCAAACUCGAGCCCGUUGCUGCCCCGGAACCUGACGAACCCGUCGAAGGAACCAAGACCAAGGGCCGCCUCCUCCCCUUCUCAAGACCUCGCGCCUCCUCGCGAGCCACCGAACCCGAGAAUGAAGAGGAGGAGCAAGAGAAGAAGCGGAAUCGCUAUGCCUACGUUGCUGCCGAGGUCCUGUCAUCCGACACCUGGUCCAUCUACGAAGCCAUGAUGGAAAACCAGCAUCUGGUUCGCGACUUCUGGCAGUUCCUCAAGCGCCCUACGCCCCUCGACCCUCUGCAGGCCAGCUACUUCACAAAGGUCAACGAGGCCUUGUUCGAUAAGAAGACGGAGGAAAUGGUCAUCCUGCUCAAGUCCUUGCCCGACGCCGUCCCCGACCUUCUCCGUCACGUCGAGUGCCCCAUGAUCAUGGACCUGCUCCUCAAGAUCAUUGCCCUCGACCGCACCGAGGGCGGCCAGGGCAUCGUGGAGUGGCUUCACUCCCAAGAUGUUGUACCGACUCUGCUCUCGUGUCUCAGCCCAGAGCACAGCUGGGUCGUGCAGACGGCCGCAGGCGACUUCAUCAAGGCCAUCAUUACCAUUUCUGCCAACGCUUCCCAGAACGAGCAACAGUGCAUCGGCCCCAACGAACUUACCCGCCAGCUGGUGUCGCAACCUUGCAUUGAGCAGCUGAUCAAGUACAUGUUAGGAGGUGGAAACCCGUUGACCGUCGGUGUUGGCAUCAUCAUUGAAGUGAUCCGGAAGAACAACUCCGACUACGACCCUGACGUCGGCACCGAAACCAACUCCGUCCCGUCGAGCCGCGAUCCAAUCUACCUAGGCACCCUCCUCCGCCUAUUCGCCCAGCACGUCCCCGACUUUGUCAACCUCAUCAUGAACUCCCCCGUCAAGAAACAGCGACUGGGAUCUACCUUUGGCGACAAGAUCGAGCCCCUCGGAUUCGACCGAUUUAAGACGUGCGAGUUGAUGGCCGAGCUGCUCCACUGCAGUAACAUGGGCCUGCUGAACGAAGUCGGCUCCGAAGAUUUGAUUGCAUCCAGAGAUGCCGAGCGUCAGCGCUUGAGAAUGGAGGGUAAGCUUACCCCAAACCGCGGAGAAGAAGCACCCUUGUCCACCGACGACUCGACGAUGCGCAUUGGGCAUUCUUCUCCCGAGGAGGGACGCCGUUUAGAGGUAACCAAUAUCUCAGACGAUGACGGAUUCGAAGAGGUUGAACCAAGCCGCGAAAUGAACGAAGACACGUCCCACGAAUUUAUCAAGGCCGAAGAAGAGAUUCCCGUCGCAGCCCCGCCUGCGUCCUUCUUGGACAAGGACGAGGACGACUUUGUGGACGAGCCGCUGAGCUCGCCUAGGCUGCUCGUCGCGGACACCAGGAUCAAGGAGCAGCAGUUUGAUGACCCCGAUCUGGUCGUUGCGCCCCUUUCGCCGAGCAAGCCCAAGACCCCCGCGAGCGAAGAGGCCCCCGCCGCGGUGGACUCCGAACCCAGCGCCGACAAGGAGGCGAAGCCAGAAGUUGCUGACGUCAAGAGUGAUGUGCCGGCCGAGGAAGAGGCGGCUGUUACAGAGACAGAGAAGGACGCGAAACCCGACCCCGAAGACGACAAGACCGCCGAGGACGCCACCGUCACCAAGGUGGAGGAACUUUCCCUCAACGACAAGACGGAUCAAGCUCCGGUUUCCGAGGAGAACCAGAAGGGUGACGAGUCUGACUCGUCAGUCGUCUACACCCCUAGCGCCACCGAGUCCGAGGCAAAGACCGAGCCCGCAGAAACCUCUGCCGCGGUUUCCGACGACUCUCCACAGCACCCCGAAGACAUGCCGGCGCCUUUGUUCUCCAUGUCAGUGACUGAUAAUGGCUCGAGAGCGGUGCAGAGCGAGCCGGAGCAGAGAAAAGAUACGGCGACUGCGCCAGCCCCCGAGGUGCCCGUGGCUCCCGAGGUUCCCGAAGCGCCAGAGGCCCCGGCGCCCUCGGGAGCGGAUCACGGUGCGGAGAUGGAGGCCGGUGACUUGCCGCCUGCGGUUCCUCAGCGGCCCGACCCGAGCACUGUGAAGCCGGUGGUUGGCGAUUACCUCAAGGUUCAGUUUGUGGAACACCGCGUUGUGCCUACAAUCCUGUCCUUCUUCUUUGCCUACCCCUGGAACAACUUUCUCCAUAACGUGGUGUAUGAUAUUGUUCAGCAGGUUUUCAACGGGCCCAUGGACAGGGGUUACAACCCGACCCUGGCGAUAUCACUAUUCGAGGCCGCGGACAUCACGACGGCAAUUAUCAAUGGCCAGCUCGCUAGCGACGAGUCACAGGCCAAGAUGAAGACUCGCAUGGGGUACAUGGGCCAUCUGACUUUGAUCGCUGAAGAGGUGGUCAAGUUUACGGAACGACACCCCCCGGAGCUCUUGUCAGAGACUGUCCUCGAACGGGUUAUGGACCCGCGAUGGAUCAGCUACGUAGAGGGUGCACUGGCCGAGACACGCGAGCGAGACAACGCCAUCCUAGGCGGUGUCCGCCCCGAGGUGGCACUGGGCAACCGCGCCGGCAUGUCUGGCAGCGGGUUGGCGGCCGUCGGUCUUUCCGGCCUUGGAUCAUCCUUUUCCAACUCGCAAGGGAAUACCGGCUCUAGCGCCCUUGCCGAGGCCGGACUCAACGGCAACACGGACCUUCAAGAAGGCGGCGGCAACGGCAUCGGUCCGUUUGCCAUCAGCUCGGGCACUCUCAUGUCCGGCUUCGGCAGCUCUAGCGACGAAGAAGACGAGGGCGAAGAGGAGAACGAGGACGAUGUUGGUAACGAGGUGAGUGAUGUGCUCUCAGAGCUGCGUGAGACGGAACCGCCUGCGUUGGACCCCUGGACGCAAUCACUUCUUGACAACAACCCGGAUUCCGACGGGGACAAGGAUUCGAAAAGAGAUGCGUAG